UUAAAUAACGUUAAUAAAUGUAAGACACCAACGUAUGUGAAUGCAUUUACUCUUUCUAUACACUCUUUUACCAACCCUCACCUCUCUCAGUCUCACACAACACAUUCAAUUCAGCCCCCAAAAAAACCAAUCUCAAUCUCUCUCUCUCUCUCUUCACAUCUCUACCAUUUCAUUCUACUCUCCCUUCCCGACAACUACCAACAGAAAAUACAAACAAACAAAAAAACUGAUUUUUUUUUUAUCAAACCCAUUAUCACAAAAAAAUGUCUAACAAAUCUCCAAUUUUUCCCAUAUCAGACCCUCAACAUUUCAGUGACUAUGGUUUCGACCCACAAAUCAACUAUUUUCAGGUUUUGGAAGAAGCAAUGAAACACAAAAGAGAAGGUUCAAGAUCCAUAGAUUCAAUCCACUUCAAGUUACAAAAACCCAUUUCAAAAGAAGAAUCAAGGAACAAGUUUCACAAUCAAAAAUCAAAGAAAAAACGUUGGUGGAAAAAUGCUCUUUUUUUCUUCAAAAGGAAAUGGGUCCACCACCACCGUGAUGAUGACAACAAUGAUAUUCAUCAAGCCCGGGCUAAAGCCUUCCGGGCUUCAAUUUCUGGGCCUGUUUAUUUGACAGAGAGUAGAAGUGGGUCAACUACGCCUUAUAGGACUACUAGUAGGCCUUCUUCUGGGCCACUCGCCGGAACUUUGAUGCCGGCGGCGAUUGGUGCUGUCGAUAUACCUUAUUUGAGUUUAAGGGAGCUUACCAUGGAACAGCAACAUAUGCAGCAACAGAGGAUGUCUACCUCUGCUAUGCCUAUUUAUUUUGUUACUUGAAUUUGUCCGAACACUUUUCAGAUUAGGCAUGUUCUGCAACACGACAUGACAUAACACUAUAUUGAACUAUUUAGUGUGUGUUUGUGUUGUGUCCGAUGUUUAUGUCUUGCUUCAUUAAUUUGAAUUUGUCUUCAAAUUGAUGUCUUAGAAGAGUGAAAUGGGUUUGGAUUUUUUUUUUUUUUUGGGUUGGAUGUUAUUAAGAUAUUAUUAUUAUAAUUUUAAUCUAACUAAAAAGUGUUUGUAUGAUUUGAUUUGAUCCAUUGGGGAAAAGGGUGGAUUCUCUUUUGGUGUUUGUUGGUCACUUUUUAUCAAAAAUAAUAUGCAACUCAGCUCUCGUGCGCUUGCUUUUGACCAA